AUGAAUUCACCAGAGGAGAGACACGAUAAAUUAAUACGAGCCACAGACCUAGAUGCUUUAAGUUGUCGACAUAGUAUAAAUGAAAAAAACUACCUUCAACCAAGUGAUGAUUAUAUAAAUGACUUGAUAAAAUCUUAUCAGACUUAUUUGCAGUAUUGUCAAGGUUACUCAUCCCUCUCAUCAUCAAGAACUUUGAAAAAUCAGUUUUCAAGCAGAAAAUUACCACUAAUUAACAGAGGGACGUAUCUACGAACUAAAAUCAUCACGGAUAUCAUACUUGAAUUUGUAAAGUAUUGCAAUGGCGAUUGUCAAAUUGUUUCUCUAGGUAGUGGAUCAGAUACCAGAGUUUUUGAGUUAUUAGGCUCUUUUCCUUUAUUGAAAUAUCAUGAAGUUGAUUUUCCAGAAUCUACAAGAAUCAAAAAAUUAGCAAUAUUAAACAAUUCAAAAUUAUCGAAACUACUAGGUAUAGAGCAACUUGAAGUUCCCAAAAUUGAUUCGAAGGAAUCAUUCAGUAGCUUCGACCCUAAUCUACAUACUUCAAGCUAUCAUCUUCAUGGUUUAGAUUUAAGAGAACUAACUUCAAAAAACCAACUACAAGGUUUAAACUCAAAUUCGCCAACCUUGGUAAUUAGUGAAUGUGUACUAUGUUAUUUAUCACCUAAGGAAUACCACUCAGCAAUCAAGUUUUGGACUGAAUCUUUAAAUUCAAAUUUAACUAGUUUUCUAAUAUUUGAGCCAAUGUCAUUGAAAGACUCAUUUGGAUCAACCAUGAAUCAAAAUUUAAUGGGUCGAGGUAUAAACUUACAAACAUUUGAUGAAUAUCCAGACUUGGAAUCAAGAACAAAAUUUUUAAAAGAAUCUUGUAAGUUAUCAAAUAUUAGGAUGACUGAUUUGAGUAAUGUGGCAGGCUACAGUAAAAAAUCUGAACCUUGGAUUGGUGCUGAGGAGUUGAAAAGAAUUAAUUCUCUAGAAUUGAUAGAUGAAAUAGAAGAAAUCAAGCUUUUGUUGGAACAUUAUUGUCUAUGCUAUGGAGAGGCUCAGGGUUCUUCUAAAAAUACUUUUAAAAAUAAAGAUAAAUGGAGCUGGUUCGUUAGUACAGAAUAG